GAAGGAGGACAGGAACGGGCGAAGGUGUAGGCAGAAGGUAAGAAAGAGUGACGGGUGAGACAAGGCGGCUGAGCCACUGGCGGCUGCGAAGGGCAAUGAAGGAUUGGCUCGGUCGGGCCCGGGCGGCGGAAAGUCGUGACGACCAACGGAAAACAGAAGCAGAACAAGAAGAACAACAAUUGCGACCAGAAAGGAGGGUAAGGAACGACUGGGAAGGGAAAGAAGGGAGCGGCAGGAGAGGAAUGAGGAAUUGGAGCUGUUUUCUGUUUUGGUGUCUCGUCCAGACGGUCAAUCAGGGGGAGACGAUAGUUUUUCUCAAUAUUAUUAGUUUAUUAGUAGGGGGCGUCUAGCUGCAGCACAGACCGGCCGGCGAUCUUCGAGUCCCCUUUUCACGAUGAUGAUAAUCAAAGCCUUCCCCGUCCACACCGUCUGAAACAUGGAGCCCUGCGUGGUGCAGGAAGAGGGAAGAUAAAGUUGGAUCUUC